GUUCAUCACCUGAUAGGUUAGAAACUAAGAAUAGAAUAUACCGCGAAAUCUCUCUAUAUCCAGUUUUUCAAUUGACAUAAGAAUCCCGAGGGAAUGAAGCGAAAGAAUUCUUUCCUUGGAGUCUCAAUUACUACGUCUAAGAAGUAUUAAUUUCAGGUCUUUUUGUUUCAUGUUAUGAACUGAUAAGGUUAUCAAAAUCAAUUGUAGUUUGCACAGUUGAAAGGAAGAACCAAGUUUGAGUCGCUAUGAUGGCUGGAGUUGAAGAUGUUUAUAAAACGCAUAUCGAAAAAUUACUUCAAGCAAUUUAUGCUACAAAAUACAUUAAAGAAGAUAACAUCCCGUGCGAAAUUGAAGAGGGUCUUUACUUGGGUUCACUUGGAGCUGCACAUAACAAAGAUGGAUUGAAAAGUAAGAAUGUCACUCAUGUCUUGACUGUAGCCAAUAUGUUAGCACCCCCACAUCCAAAUGAUUUUAUUUACAAGAAAAUUGAUGUGACUGACAGAGAAGGCACAGACUUAACACGACAUUUUGUGGAAUGCUUUGAUUUCAUCGAUGAAGCAAAAACAAAAGGUGGUGGUGUCUUGGUUCAUUGUUUCGCAGGAAAAUCUAGAAGUGUCACAAUCAUUGUUGCAUAUUUGAUGCAAAAGCGGAGACUUAGUCUAUCUCAAGCUUUAGAACAUGUUACGAGCAGAAGGCCAAAAGCUUCUCCUAAUCCCGGUUUCAUUCGACAAUUACAGAACUUCGAAAAAAGUCUUGAAGUGAAUGAAGCUGAGAAGACUGAAUGAACUAGCAUAUGAAAAUCUUGAUGUAUCUUUUAAUGUUAUACACUGCAAAUACGUGGAUUCCCCUUUUCUAUUUUA